GAUAUUUUAAGUCUACUCUCUUGUCAAAAAUUUCCUCACUCGAAUGCCAUUCAAGUGAUGGAGCACUUUUCGCUGGGCAAUGGGUUGGGUUUUGCCGUGGAAACAACCGUUAUGCCGUGCACAUAACGGGGCGAGUUGCCCCUCAUAACUCCCCCAACAGUAUCCGAAGUGGCCCUCAAUCGUUCACAAUCAACCGAACCUACUCGUACGGAGUGCUGGCGCCAGGAGCAAAGCAUCCAGGCUUGCUCGAUGACAAGGGCGGCAUUAAUUCCAUGGUCUCAGUCUAUCGUGGUCUACGGCCAGAUUUAAACCUUCGGCUCAGGCGGCGCUUCUCUUCGCAGCCUUCACGCCGAACGGAGUCCCGUUCUCCAACGGGCUCGUAUCUCCUAUGGAGAAAACGCUUAAUGGACCCAAUCGUAUCAACUCUGGCGUUGUCGUCGUCUGCCGAGUGGGAAACUCAGUCACUUUAGUUACCCCGGAUGACUAUCGGCAUCGAAACCCCAGAGAAGGAUAAAUGCUGCCACAUUCCCCACAUAGUUCAACAUGUCGCUGUUAUCGAGGUCACUCUUCCAUACAUCUUUCUCGCGGAUACCCGUUACUCACUCCUUUCGUGUUGCCAAAUAUCACUUUACUUACUGCACUAGAAAGCCGGCUGCUAGUUAUAUUCGAUUGUAUUCUGUAACUUGUCCACGAGCCAUGUUGACGACCGAGCUAUCGAACGCUGACGUCGCGGCGUUGCGUGCCAACAAAGAAAGACUACAGAAGUAUAUCCAUAACAGUUGCCAAUGGGGAACUGGGAUAAGAUGGGGAGACAAACCGACGGAUACGGGGAUGGCGCGGCUUGCCUUAUCUCAGGAGGAUAAGCAAGUUCGAGACUGGUUCAAGGAAACGACCGAGGCACUUGGCUGCAAGGUUACUGUCGAUGCGAUGGGAAAUAUGUUUGCUGUUCGUCCAGGUCGCCGACAGGACGUUCCCCCAACGUUUGUUGGAAGCCAUUUGGAUACCCAACCAACGGGAGGAAGAUACGAUGGGAUUCUAGGAGUAUGUGCGGGUAUUGAGAUGUUAAAGGUGCUUGAAGAGAACGGCAUUGAGACUGAAGGCGGCGUCGGGGUUGUCAAUUGGACAAAUGAGGAGGGAGCUCGAUUUCCAAUGAGCAUGGUCUCUUCGGGGGUCUGGGCAGAAUGCAUUCCUCUAUCGGCAGCUCAUAAUCUCUUCGAAGUUCCUACUGUGGCCUCUCUUCCAUCGGCUGCAUCGUCUCCUGAAUCAAUGAAGUCUGCACUGGAGAAAAUCAAUUAUCUGGGUACUGUACCAUGCUCUUACAAUGCCACACCCAUGGCUGCCCAUUUUGAGCUACAUAUCGAGCAGGGCCCUCACUUGAUCACAUCUGGCCAGCGUGUUGGCGUAGUGACGGCAGUGCAGGCAUAUCGUUGGUAUCGGAUAAAUGUAACCGGCCGUGACUGUCAUACCGGAACAACGUCCUUCGAGCACCGUGCGGAUGCUCUGUAUGCCUCGGCGAAAAUGAUGGUACGUGCCCGAGAGAUCGCGCAAAAGCUUGGCUGCCUUGCUAGCGUUGGGAUUGUCGAGAUCAAACCCGGCAGCGUGAAUACCGUUCCUGGAUUCGUCAGCUUCAGUCUCGAUAUCCGUGGACCGGAAUCUGAAAAUGUAGACGUAUUGGAUAACGAGCUGAGGAAGGAGUUCGAUGGUAUUGCCGCGGAAGAGGGAAAGAACAUUGGAAAACCUUGCCGUGUUGAAUGGCAGUUGGAUUUUGAUAGCCCUGCGAUCAAAUUCCACCCCGACUGCAUCGAGUGUGUGACAGAAGCAACAAAGGCAGUGGUUUCCGACUCCCCAAAUCCGGAGUCGAUGUAUCGGACAAUUCGCAGUGGCGCCGGCCACGACAGCGUCUUUACGUCCAAAAGGGUACCGACUAGUAUGGUAUUUGUCCCUUGCAGAGAUGGAGUUAGCCACCAUCCAGAGGAGUUCUCCACUGCCGAGGAAUGUGUGGAUGGCGCGUCUGUCCUCUUGCAAGCAGUGGUGAGAUACGAUCGGAAGAGAUUCAGCAGCUAA